AUGGCUCAAAGCAAUCAAAUAGACAACCAAUCUAUGGUGGACGAGUUUCUUCUGAUGACGUUUUCUGACGAUCGAGACAUGCAAAUUUUGCAUUUUGUGAUUUUUCUCUCCACCUAUUUCUUAGCUGUAAUAGGGAAUAGUCUCAUUGUCAUAGCCGUGGCCCUGAACCAUCACCUCCACACCCCCAUGUACUUUUUCUUGGUGAAUUUAUCGUUGAUAGAUACCUGUAUCAUCUCCACCACUGUCCCCAAAUCCAUGGCCAUUUCCUUGACAAACAACAAACGUAUUUCUUUCUCUGGAUGCGUCACACAGAUCUUCUUCGUGGUCACAUGUGUUACCGCUGAGCUUGCCAUCCUCACUGUCAUGGCUUACGACCGCUACGUAGCCAUCUGCCAUCCUCUGCAGUACAGAUUAAUCAUGAGUUGGGAUGCCUGUGCUCAGAUGGCAGCUGCCACUUGGAUAAGCAGUGUGAUGCAUGCAGUGUUAGAAACUGGCGUCACAUUCAGGUUAUGCUUCUGUGGGUCCAACCUGAUAGAGCAGUUUUUCUGUGAUAUCCCUCAGCUACAAAAGAUUUCUUGCACCAAUACAAAAGUUAAUGAGCAAUUGAUUCUCAUUCUUGGGCUGAUUGUGGACUCCUUCAUGUUUAUAUUCAUCUUUGUUUCCUAUGGCUACAUCUUCUCCACAGUCCUGAAGAUUCCAUCUGUUCAAGGCAGGCACAAAGCCUUCUCCACCUGCACUCCUCACUUGGCCGUCUUUUCUUUAUUCAUCAUCACCGCUGUCUUUUCCUACAUGAGGCCCAAAGCCCUUUCCUCUCCAGCUCUGGACUUGAUCUCUGCUGUUGUGUAUACUGUUUUACCACCAGUCCUUAAUCCAAUCAUUUAUAGUCUCAGGAACAAGGAUAUUCAAGAGGGUAUGUGUAAAAUACCCCAAAAAAUUAAGAAUCUCAUUGCAUGA